AUGUUUGGCCCUCGAUGCAGAAGUACUGUGCUGAGUGGACCAAGCACUUACCUUGAGUGCCUUGUUUGUCUUGAGUGUCAACGCGCCAAAGUUUCUCGACGUUGCUCAACACCACUGGGGGACAUUCAAGUCCCUUCUCACCGGUUUGAGCACAUUCAUGUCGACCUCAUCUCUUUUCCUGCAUCGAGAGGGUGUCUGACGAUCGUGGAUCGCUUCACCAGGUGUCCAGAAGCAGUGCCUUUGGGGGAUUUCCGCCCAGACACCGUUGCUCACGCCCUUCUCUACCAUUGGGUUUCGAGGUUCGGAGUAACUCUGAGAAUAACCACUGAUCGUGAAGGUCAGUUCUUCUCAGACACCUUCCAGAAGCUCUCUGAACUCUUGGGCAACCGCCGGUUGAUGACGACACCCUACCAUCCUAAAGCGAACGGCCUGCUGGAGCGCCUCCAUCGACAACUGAAGGCAGUCUUGCAUUGCCACGGUGACGAGUGGUUCGACGCUGUUCCCGUCAUUCUUCUUGGGCUUCGCUCCGCCUGGAAGGAGGACCUGCAGGCAAUACCAGCGGAACUAACAUACAGUGAGCCUCUUCGUCUCCCUGGCGAAUUUCUGGCUCCUGCUGUCCAUAAGUCUCCUGCACCAGCCCUGGUUAAGAACCUCCGGGAUCCCCUUCAUAGUCUCGCGUCAGUGCCGACAUCACACCAUGGAACGAAGCCAACGUUUGUCUUCAAGGACUUGACAACCUGCUCUCAUGUCUUCAUUCGGAAUGAUCAGGCCCGUAAAUCUUACAAAUCACCUUAUUCUGGUCAUUUCGUAUCGUCAGCAGGCAUGAGAAGUUAUGUGCUUCCUGAAGACCUGGAUCAGGUACUGGGCCCUUCUCCAGAUGGCCAGCACCAGCAGCAGCAACCUCAGCAGCAGCCUCAGCCUUCGACCAGUACUUCAGCUGCACCAGCUCCGUCAACUUCGGCAAGCUCAUCGAGCUCCGGAGAAACUCGCAAGAAAGUCUCGUUCAACUUGCCGAAGAGACGAGGAAGAUGA